UCAAGUGGGUCCCAUUUUUAGCCACCGAGGGCUGAAGAGUCUAGUGGGAAAGGCACGGAGCGCAGUCAGAAAGAAAUGCCGUUGUAACCCCUGCCAAGUUUAUUAAAAGCGCCUCGGUUUACCCAGCCAGGAAGUGGGGUUUGGGAUGUCAGCAUUUUCCCGGCGGUCCCAAGACGGCCACAGAGGUUGAAGAAAUAUGGAUCUCGACACCACACUGGUCAUCAGCACUGUUUGUACAAGCUUUCUCACCUUUCAGUUUCUUUUCCACUUUGUAAGUUACUGGUUUUCUACAAAAGUUUCUUCAGGUUUCAAUAGUCUCAGUUUGGAAAAGAAGAUAGAAUGGAACUCAAGGGUAGUAUCUACGUGCCAUUCUUUGGUGAUUGGAAUUUUGGGCCUGUAUAUUUUCUUCUUUGAUGAGGCAACUAAAGCUGACCCACUUUGGGGCGACUCAUCACUUGUGAAACUGAAUAUUGCUAUCUCUUCAGGCUACCUCAUUUCUGAUUUGUUGAUUCUCAUUUUCUAUUGGAAAGUGAUUGGUGACAAGCUUUUCAUAAUUCAUCAUUGUACAGCGCUGUAUGCCUACUGCUUUGUAUUGAAGCUUCAAGUGCUGGAGUGCAUCGCGAACUUCCGGGUGCUUGCGGAGCUCUCCAGCCCGUUUGUGAAUCAGCGGUGGUUCUUCGAAGCUCUGAAGUAUCCUAAGUUUUCGAAAGCUAAUGUCAUCAAUGGAAUUCUUAUGACAGUGGUGUUCUUCAUUGUGCGGAUUGCUGUAAUACCUCCUUUCUAUAGCUUCUUGUAUUCUGUCUAUGGAACAGAACCCUACAUCAGGAUGGGAGCUGUAAUCCAAUAUUCGUGGCUCUCUACUUGUGUUGUUUUGGAUGUGAUGAAUGUCAUGUGGAUGAUCAAAAUCUAUAAAGGGUGCGUCAAAGUCAUCUCUCUCAUCAGACAAGAGAAAGCCAAUAAUAGUCUUCAGAAUGGAAAACUUGAUUAAAGGUGAGGUUUGUCAAGCACUUUUGUUUAGAUAAGCAAUCUUCAUUACUACCCAGCAUUGUAUCUACUAUAGAACAAAUUGGCAUGUUCUUGUGCUUCCUUAUGAAUUAUCAUUGUUAUUCACAGUUUCCGUGUCAUAUUUUCUUCUUUUUAGAAGAAACCAAAUUUAGUCUUCAUUCCAAGAUUUUCUUUUUUCUUCUGCAUUAUAAGCAUGGAUACAGUCUUAAAGUUUUAAGUGAAAAUUAUAGAUAUUAGUGGUGAAUCUUUUUGGAAAUCUUGUAGCCUGCUUUAGUAUUUUUCUCUGUGGAAAGAUGACUGUGAUAAUUUGGUGCCCUUGGAGCACUACCACCUUUGGUGAAAAGACAAGAACUGCUUUCAAACCUGUAAAUAACACUCGACAUUCUUUUGCGUUGUACUCUUUUCUUAUGUCAGCACUUAUAUGGGAUUUUAUUUCCAAAUUGUUGACAUGAUCUUUCCCCCAGAUUAUUAAAAAUGACAUUUUCUAUUUUAGAUAUGCAAUCAUCUAUUAGGAUGAAGUAUGUUACUCAUCUGAAGAUUUUUCAUUAGCUUGGUCAUGGAAUAUACUUCCUGCAUUUUAAGAUAAUUUUUAGAUGUCACUUAUUUCUAUUUUAGCAUUUUAUCAAUU